AUGUCCCGGGUGUAUGUCCUUUUGGCCCUCGUGGCCUCAGCUUCUGCCGGUGGACUCGGUGGCGGCGGCGGAUAUGGCGGCGGCGGUCUAGGAGGCGGUGGACUCAACGGUGGACUUGGCAACGGAGGGGGAGGAGGAUAUGGCGGUAGAGGCCUGGGCAACGGAGGUGGAGGAGGAUACGGCGGGGGAGGUCUUGGCAACGGAGGUGGAAGCUACGGUGGCAGAGGACCCGGCAAUGGUGGCGGAGGCUACGGUGGCGGAGGACUCAACGGCGGAGGACUUGGCAACGGAGGAGGAGGUGGAUACGGAGGUGGCGGCCUUGGGGGUGGAGGCCUUGGAGGUGGCGGGUUUGGAGGCGGAGGACUUGGAGGAGUCGGCCUUGGAGGAGUCGGCCUUGGAGGGGCCGGCCUUGGAGGGGCCGGCCUUGGAGGGGCCGGCCUUGGAGGUGUCGGCCUUGGAGGUGUCGGCCUUGGUGGUCUUGGAGGUCUCGCAGCCGUGGCGCUUGCAAGACCAGUAGCUGUUGCUCCUGUGGCAGUUGCUGCCCCUGUCGCCGUAACACCAGUAGCAUCAGUGGCAGCACCAGUCGCGACCCCAGUAGCUUCCGUCACCUACGUCAAGCAGCCAAUUGUGAAGAUCAACUAUGUUACCAGGCCCGUGGUUAGCUAUAUUAGACAACCUGUUGCGACCGUAUCACACCAUAUCAGGCCUGUGGUCAGCUACAGUAAUGGUGGUCUUAUCGGUUUGGGUGGAGGGCUAGGGGGUCUUGGUCUUGGUGGCUUUGGUGGUGGCGGCCUUGGUGGUGGCGGCCUUGGUGGUGGCGGCCUUGGUGGUGGUGGCCUUGGUGGUGGCGGCCUUGGUGGUGGCGGCCUUGGUGGUGGCGGCCUCAGUGGUGGUGGCCUCGGUGGUUUGGGAGGCGGAGGUCUUGGUGGAGGUGGCCUUGGAGGAAACGGCAGAGGCCUCAGGGGUGGAGGUCUUGGUGGUAAUGGCGGUGGUUAUGGUAGCGGUGGUAACGGUGGUGGUUAUGGAGGCGGAGGCAAUGGGGGCGGGGGCUAUGGUAAUGGAAACGGCGGUGGUUAUGGUGGCGGGGGCAAUGGCGGAGGGGGCUAUGGUAAUGGAAACGGCGGUGGGUAUGGUGGUGGACGUGGCUUUGGGGGACCUUCCUACGGAGUUGUCUACAAGAAACACCAUUAUUAA